CGGGGUCCCCUCUGCAGCCGGAGGGCAUCCCCAGGGGAGUGGGCAUCCCACUCCCCUCCGCCUCUCUUUUUUUCUUUUGCAGGUGCCACUGUUUUAAGAUUCCUCGCUGCGGUUGUCCUGUCAGUGGCUUCUUCUUUUAGAAAUUCUUUAUGAAGACCAAGCAAUUACAAAUCUACGUCCCUAUCUGCAGUUACUUCUGGAUGCUGAAGGACUAGAGACCAGAAGUGGAGGAAGUGUUCCCCAUCUCCCAUGUACUGCUGUUGCUGGAAAGAAGCGUGAAAAGCUUAAGAUGGAGGAUGAGGAAGGCUACACCACAUUAAAUUUACGACUCCCAGCUUCAGUUAUUACUGAUGGAUACUCAAGCAAUAACAAAUGUCCUACAUUAAGUACUCCAGCCAAAUGUGUUACAGUAGACAGAGUCUCUGCCUCAUCUGCCAUAAGGCAACCAGCAACCUUAGCCUUCUUCAUUUUGAGCCUGGUGCUUCUCACAGGUCUGGUGGUCUUACUGUCCCUGUAUUUUCAGGAAUACAAGGAUCCUGAAGAAGGAAAGAAGCUGCAGGCCAUGAGGGAAGCACUGUGUUUUGAAAGGAUGGCAAAGAAUGAAACAGAAUGUGCUCUCUGUCCAGCAAGUUGGAAAAGCAGUGAAGUUGGCAGCUGCUUCUAUGUUUCAAAGCAGAAGAAAACGUGGAAAGAAAGCCAGGAGUUCUGUUCAACAAGAAACUCCACUCUUCUUGUGCUGAAAGACAAAGUAAAGAUGGUCUCUCUGCCAUAUGAUUCACAGUUCUAUUGGGUUGGAUUAUCAUACAUAUCUGAAAGGAAUGGCUGGUUCUGGGAGGAUGGAACAGCUCUUUCAGGAGAAGCCAAAGCCUGGACUGUAUUACGUGAGCACACCUUCUGUGCCUCCUUAUAUGGACAGAUUAUUUAUGCCAGUAACUCCUGCUCAACAAAGCAAUCCUGGAUCUGUGAGAAAGGAGCUAUUCAAUUUGCCUGAAGAAGCACUGUGAGAAGGAACAUGGAUUCUGUCACUGCUAGAUACCGUUUCUAGGAAUGAGGUGUUUUCAAUGUAGUUUUAUUGUUGUUUGUUUAUCAUUCAGCUUUCUCAGAAGGUUAAUUCAAAUAGACAGGUCAAUAGAGAUUAAACUUCCUCUUUGCCAGCACCUAGGCUCAUAAAUGAGAGAAAAAUACUACAAAGCUACAAGCUACAAGCCUAGGAAGCAACUUUAAAGGGUUAGCAACAGUCAAGUGGUAAUUCUUACAUGAAUCCCUAGAAGAACAACUACACAUACUCACAGGGCCAUAUACUUCUUGUGCUUCUGUUAGAAUUUCUCCUUUCCUCAGCACCUAAACCACUCCAUCUACAUCCUUGAUGAUUUUACCCACUGAAUUACUGUACACACUAAUUACAUAACCCCGUUAUAGAUUAGUUUGCCAAAUCAUGCCCUUGUUCCUAAAUCAGUUCUUCCGGUUCUUCCCUUCUUUGAGGUAUAGAAAUACAGAAUGAACACAAGGUUCUAUUUACUCAUAAAACUCUUUUUGCAUAUGCAUUAAUAUCUAUAGAAACAAAAGGACAUUUUUGGAAGAGUACAGGAAAUCCAUGGAAGAAAUAUCUUCGAAAAUUAGAGUCAAAUGUCAUACGCAGAUUAAAAUAUUACCUAAAUGAAACUGCAGUGCUAUAAUAAAUAUAAUUGCUGUGCAAAUAGUAGUAAGGAUAACAAUGACAUGCUUUAUUCACAGAUAACCUCAAUGAGUACUCAAGCUGGUGCAGUGUCUGUUGCCACAAAUCUUAUCUAUGUUCUUUGGUUGUAUCCACACUGUUUGGGAUCUCUAAGCACAAGACACAUAAUGUGUGUCAUAUACUAUUAAAGUAUUUGUCACACUUCCUGGAACAAAACAAUUCCUCUAGAUUUCUGGGUGGAGAUUCAUGGCAUGAGUUCUUCGAAAUUUGUGUAUGGAAAUAAUGGAUGAAUGUUUUACAUCAUACAUGAAACAUUCCUUAUAUAUAUGUGUGUGUGUGGGGGGGGGGGGGAGUGCGGGAGUGCAAUAGUACUCAGAGACCUUCCUUAAAAUAAGUUAAAUACAAUUCCGUUUUUAAUAAUAAUAAUUUCCUUUGAAAAUGAUCUCAAAGACUGAAGCAGUUCCUUCAAAAACAACCCAAACCACCAGGCCUCUACUUAGCAUGCUGAAAGAUGUCUAUGAUCUGAAUUAAUUCACAGUACUCAGUACAGCCAAGUCCUAAUAUAUGGAUACUGGAGGUUUUCAGAACAAUGCUGUUCUAUUAUUCUGUUCUAUGAGAUACCAGCUGAACUAUCUAGUAUUCAUUGCUACUGCAAUAGAAAGUUUAUAUCUGAAGGGUGUGACUGGCACUUGCUCUUUGAACUUGCUGUGCCAUGCUAUUCAGUGGCAAUAGAAAUGGUAUCUCCUGUCUACUUCAGUAAAUGAGAAAAAGAUGUAGCUGUAAGAUUAAUGUUUAUUUCUGUGUGCUAUUUCAUUGCUUUGUUUGUUUGUUUGUUUGUUUCUGACAAGAAUAAGCAUGCAAGAAUGUGAAAAUAAAGUGUUGCCUUAAAUUUCUGUAGAAAAAAGACAAGUGGCUUUGGAUUCAGACUCUGAAGUCUGGAAUCGGUUCUAAUGUGAUUUGUUUUAUUUAAUGUUGAAAGUGCUACAGUCACUAGAUGAUCCGACUUCAAUAGAAAAAAAGCUUUCAUGCUUUGUCCUCUAUUAAAGACUGCCGAAGAGUUAGACAGGUGCCUUAGAGUCAUAAAAUGG